AUCUUCUGCAUCAUUUGAAUAUAUCAAAGUACUUAGAUUUGUCUGACUUUCUCAAAGGUUUAAGGUGUGGAUCAUCUUUUUUUCCUUUUAGUCGCUUUGCAUUCUUUUAGCAUAGUAGGCUGAGUUGGCACUAGACUAAGAAGCUAAUUUGAGUUAGGUACUGUGUUACAUAGUGCUGUUAAGGUAAACUUUUAAGGUGAAUUUAGUUUGUGUACAAAGUUUAAUGGGUGAAAAAAAAAAUCCCAUCAUAGAUUAAAUGUGUCUUAUGUAAUGUGUUUGGUUUCUCAAAUCGUUUAGUGAAUUGAUUUUCUAUGUAUAGGAGUAAGUUAAACAUUCUUCGCUGUUUUGAAAAGGCAGUAUGUCAUAGGGAUGAAGAAAAAUAUUUCUCCCCAUCUUCUCUUGUCUUGUAUUCAUUUCAAAUUAACAGGAUGCUCUUGGAUUGAUACAGAUAAAUGCAUGCCUGACUGGGAUAAUCUAUUAUGAGAAAGGGCAUUUUGAACAUCUUCAAAUAAACCUUGCUUCUUAGAAUCUGUCGAACUAUCAAUAAGUUUGAGCUAUUUCACAUCAAUUUUCUCACAAGCCGUGAAGUUGAUCAGCUUAUUCUUUCAUCUCUGGUGAACAUAUAAACCAAUGUAAUAUUUAUUCUUACUAAUUAUAGGAUAAAAUUGACUCUUUAGACACAAACUUGCCCUUUCUUUUCAGCCUCACCAGUCACCAUUGUCUUCCAUCAAGUAUACAACAGUUGUACUAGUACAAGUGUAGGUAAAGGAAAAGCAAUGAGUCAAUUUUCUUUUACUUCUUCUUCGAGUUCUAAUUUCACUCUCUUCUAUCAUACUCAGAACCACAAUCCGUCAAAAUUUCAUUUUUCCGUCCCCUUCAGAACAUCCCAACCAUCACCUUCACCUCCUCUUUUACAUCCCUUUUGUUCCCAUGAGUCAUCUUCUUCAUCACCACUUCUUGAAGAAAAUCCAGAAACAUCAAGAACUUCUUCUAAGUUUGAUCGCCAAGAUAGACGUUACGCUGAUGAAGUUGCUGAUGAGAUCAGAACUACAAAGAAGUCCUUGGAAGAGUUACUUGUGGUUCGUAGGCCAGUGAAGGACCCUAACGGGGAAGUUGGUGAUGAAAAAGGGGAAGAGAUGCGUAACUUUGAGAAUUCCCAAGACAGAAGUUAUCUCUUGGAAGAGCAACCAUCUUCCUCGUCAUUUCCACUUGAUGAUGGACUUAGGAAAUUUGCAAAGAAGAUGCCAAUUUUUGAGCCAAAUAGGCUGGAAUCUGGUUCUGGAGAGAAGCCACUUAAAGUCAAUUUAGACUUAGCACUGUAUCGGGCAAAGAUUUUGGCUCGAAAGUAUCAGUAUGCAGAUGCAGAGAAAAUUUUGCAACAGUGUAUUGAUGUCUGGCCAGAAGAUGGGAGACCAUAUGUUGCUUUGGGAAAGAUUUUGAGUAAGCAAUCAAAAUUAAACGAAGCCAGAACUGUUUACGAAAAAGGAUGCCAGGCAACACAAGGAGAAAAUCCUUACAUUUGGCAGUGCUGGGCUAUUCUGGAAAAUAGGAUGGGUAAUAUACGGAGAGCUAGAGAACUAUUCGAUGCUGCCACAGUUGCUGACAAGAAGCAUAUUGCAGCCUGCGAAGGAAAGGACGAACAAAUUAACGGCAAACUUGUGUCAUAG